UAUCUAAAGUUCGUCAGUUUGGUAUUCAUUUCAAAUAGAUAAGAUAGUCAUUACAUAUGAAAAUCAACAUGUUUCUCUUUCAUUGCCUGUUGUUUGCUGUAAUUUGUGCUGUUUUGGAGGCUGAACAUUUGGGACCUUCAUCAGAUUAUGAGUCAACAUCGGACGAGUUAAAUGAUGUCCAAGGUCUUCUGAAACGCUUAGUUGCCUUUGAGGAUUAUAUCAAGACACAGGAUCAAUUACAUAGGCAAGAAAUAGAUGACCUACAAAAACAGCUUUCCGGACAAAAAGAUGAGAUCUCAUAUUUAAGUAAGAAAGGCAUUCAACAAGAUCGACUGAUUUCUCAACUGACGAGACGUAUAAAGUUUCAAGAAAAUAAUUGGGACACGAGUUCCCAAACACAAGAAGACGAAAAACAUGCAAAUGCAAUGAAUCUCGCAUCAUCGGGAAAUUCAGGAGAUAGAAUCCGCAGAGCAGAAAAUGAGGUGACUGUUGCAUUUACGGCUGGUCUUACAAAACGUGCACUUCAUGUAGGUGCCCAUCAAAACAUAGUGUUUGACCACGUGGAAACAAAUGUUGGAAACGGUUACAAUCCUCAUCACGGCGUGUUCACUGCACCAGUUCCUGGACUCUAUGUGUUCUAUACAUCUGUCCUAGCUGACAACGAUCGUGAGGUUUGGUGUGAGUUGAUCGUAAAUGGAGCAAUCAAAGCAUCAGUGUAUGCACGUGGUACAGAUGGCCGACAUGACCAAGGUAGCCAAGCCUUAGUUAUUCAGCUUAAGCAAGGGGAUGAUAUCGCUGUGCAAAAUGUUGCUGCUGACGAUGCCAUUUAUGGCGAUCCGACCAUUUAUUCCACUUUUACCGGAUUUCUGCUCCAGCAAAAUUUUUCGGAAGCAGGAAAUGUUGUUGGUUAAAUGUUCUGGUUUAACUCAGAAAAACAUCAAGAAAUUAAAACACAUAGAUUGUAUAACAGUAACAAGUAAUCAAAAUGAAGGAAUUGAGGUUUUUUUAUAAUGUACGUGUAUAUGACAAAUGAAAACGUUUUAUUGUAAUUCUGCGGUCUCCAUUUGAAAUCGAUAUAACAA